ACAGGGGCAGGAGACCUCCAAACGGGAAGAAGACAUGUCCUCUGCUGUGGCCCAGAGAGAAAUCAAGGGCAGAAUCAUCCGUGUUUCCCUCUCUUAGAGAAGCAAGAUCCCACAGCCCUGACUGACCAUGGAAGGAUGUUGGGGGGGAAGCCAGAACCUCUGCCAUCCCUGCUUAGGGCACUUAAUGAAGAAUUGAGCAAGACAGACAUCACUGAUGCACAUUGGAUUUAAGACCUCUCUUCCCACUAACACCAAAGCCAGGAGAGAUACCAACUGCCGAAUUUCAGCUGGAGAAAGGACACAGCACAAUGAAGCUCUUCAUAGGCAUUCUUUUCUGUACCUUGAUCAUGGGAGUCACCGGUGAAGGCUGGUAUUCAUUCUUCAAGGAGGCUGUGCAAGGGGCUUCGGAUUUGUGGAGAGCCUACUGGGACAUGAGAGAAGCCAAUUACCAAAAUUCAGGCAGAUACUUCCACGCUCGAGGGAACUAUGAGGCUGCUCAAAGGGGCCCCGGGGGCGUCUGGGCUGCAAAAAUCAUCAGCAGUGUCGGGGAUUACCUUCAAGGAUUCUUACACCAGAUUUACCUUGGAAGAGACAGCACUGGGUUGGAGGGCCAGGUGUCCAACCGGAGAGCUGCGGAAUGGGGCCGGAGCGGCCAAGACCCAGGUCACUUCAGACCUGAAGGCCUACCGAAGAAAUACUGAGUCUUGCACCCUCUGUUCUCGAGGGACUAGGCUGUGAGCCACACAUCACUUCUCCAAAAACAGGGAGUGUGACUGAGCUCUGUCAUCCCAGGAACUGAGACACGUACUCAGAGCUGCCCAAUAAACGUUUGCGGAACUGAA